AUGCCCGCUUCCACCAAGGUCUCUCCGCGGAUACAGGAGGCCCGGGACCUGGCGAAGCAGGACCCCUCGAAAGCCGCUACCAGUUAUCAGAAGAUCCUCUCCGAAGGACCGGGGUCGACAGAGGCCUCCUCGCGAGACUACGAACAUGCAUUGAUCGGAUUGGGUCAGCUGUACCGGGAUGCGAAGAAGCCGGAGGAGAUUGCGGACCUCAUUAAGACCAGCCGAGACACCUUUUCGUCAUUUGCCAAAGCCAAGACCGCGAAGCUCGUCCGUCAGCUUCUCGAUCUCAUCAGCGAAAUCCCUAACACCCUCGACAUCCAAACCACCGUCAUUCAAUCAUGCAUAGAGUGGGCCAUCGCCGAGCGACGGUCUUUCCUGCGACAGAACCUCCAAGCCCGCCUCGUCGCGAUCUACAUGCAGAAGCAGGCCCACUAUGAUGCUCUUACGCUCAUCAACUCUCUCCUCCGCGAGCUGAAACGCCUCGAUGAUAAGCUAAUGUUGGUGGAGGUUCAACUGCUGGAGUCGCGUGUGUACCAUGCUCUGGGUAAUCAAGCCAAGGCACGUGCUGCUCUUACAGCGGCACGCACAUCUGCCGCAUCUGUCUACACGCCUCCCAAUCUGCAGGCUGGUCUGGAUAUGCAGAGUGGCAUGCUGCACGCCGAGGACAAAGACUUCAACACCUCAUUCUCAUACUUCAUCGAGGCUCUUGAGGGAUACAACUCUCUCGACGAAGGUGAACUUGCCACUGCUGCUCUUCAAUACAUGCUGCUGUGCAAGAUCAUGUUGAAUCUGGUUGAUGAUGUGACACAGUUGCUUGGUUCGAAGCAGGCCCAAAAGUACGCUAGCGCACGCCUGGAAGCCAUGAAGGCCGUGGGACGUGCUCACGCCAAUCGGUCUCUGGAGGAGUACGAGAAAGCGCUCUCAGACUAUCGAUACGAGCUCGGUAGCGACACUUUCAUUCGGAGCCACUUGCGCCGUCUAUAUGAUGCGAUGUUGGAACAGAACUUGAUCAAGGUCAUUGAGCCGUUCAGCCGAGUGGAACUGGACCACAUCGCCAAGAUGGUCGGCCUGGAUGUUCAGCAGGUAGAGCGCAAACUCUCGCAGAUGAUCCUUGACAAGGUGAUCAUCGGCGUGUUGGACCAAGGCUCCGGCUGCUUGAUUGUAUUUGACGAGGCGGAACGUGAUCAGGCCUACGACGCGGCGCUGGACACGAUCGAGAAAUUGAGCAAUGUGGUGGAAGGAUUGUAUACUAACCAGGCAUCGCUCCUGGAGUAA